UGUCUGCCUGGGCGCGGGGCCGCCAUUUUCUCUGAGGCGCGGAACGAGCGGCGCCGGGCGGCACCGGGGCGCGGGGGACCCGCCGGGGGCCCGGGACACAGAUGAUGUGCUUCAUCCUUUUGUCAUAGGACUUCAUUUGCUGAAAGGAAAACUAAAGGCUGCACCAAUGGAGCACAUCCAGGGAGCUUGGAAGACCAUCAGCAAUGGCUUUGGGCUGAAGGAUUCUGUCUUUGAUGGCCCCAACUGCAUCUCCCCCACGCUGGUGCAGCAGUUUGGCUACCAGCGCCGGGCGUCCGACGACGGCAAAAUCUCCGACACGUCCAAAACCAGCAACACCAUCCGCGUCUUCCUGCCCAACAAGCAGCGCACCGUGGUGAACGUGAGGAAUGGGAUGACCCUGCAUGACUGUCUGAUGAAGGCUCUGAAGGUCAGGGGGCUGCAGCCAGAGUGCUGUGCAGUGUUUCGACUCCUUGCUGAGCCCAAGGGGAAGAAAGUGCGUUUGGAUUGGAACACAGAUGCUGCCUCCCUGAUUGGAGAGGAGCUGAGGGUGGAUUUCCUUGACCAUGUCCCACUCACCACUCACAAUUUUGCCAGGAAGACAUUUCUGAAGCUUGCCUUCUGUGACAUCUGCCAGAAGUUCCUGCUCAAUGGCUUCCGCUGUCAGACGUGUGGCUACAAAUUCCACGAGCACUGCAGCACCAAGGUGCCAACCAUGUGUGUGGACUGGAGCAACAUCAGGCAGCUCUUAUUGUUCCCAAAUUCAAAUAUCAGUGACAGUGGUGUCCCUGCACUACCUCCCUUGACAAUGAGACGGAUGCGGGAGUCUGUCUCCCGGAUACCUGUUAGCUCCCAGCACAGGUAUUCCACACCUCAUGCCUUCACUUUCAACCCAUCCAACCCUUCCUCUGAGGGCUCUCUGUCCCAAAGGCAGCGCUCCACCUCCACCCCCAACGUGCACAUGGUCAGCACCACCAUGCCCGUGGACAGCAGGAUCAUUGAGGAUGCAAUUCGAAGCCAUAGUGAAUCAGCCUCACCCUCUGCUCUGUCUGGAAGUCCUAACAAUAUGAGCCCAACUGGCUGGUCUCAGCCUAAAACCCCAGUCCCAGCCCAAAGAGAGAGAGCCCCUGCAUCUAACACACAAGAAAAAAACAAAAUUAGGCCUCGUGGACAGAGAGACUCCAGCUAUUACUGGGAGAUAGAAGCCAGUGAGGUGAUGCUCUCCACCAGGAUAGGCUCAGGCUCUUUUGGGACAGUUUACAAGGGCAAGUGGCACGGGGAUGUAGCAGUGAAGAUCCUAAAGGUUGUAGACCCAACCCCAGAGCAGUUCCAGGCUUUCAGGAAUGAAGUGGCUGUCCUGAGGAAGACCCGGCACGUGAACAUCCUGCUCUUCAUGGGCUACAUGACCAAGGACAACCUGGCCAUUGUCACCCAGUGGUGUGAGGGCAGCAGCCUCUACAAACACCUGCACGUGCAGGAGACCAAGUUCCAGAUGUUCCAGCUGAUCGACAUCGCCCGCCAGACCGCCCAGGGCAUGGACUAUUUACAUGCAAAGAACAUCAUCCACAGAGACAUGAAAUCCAACAAUAUAUUUCUUCAUGAAGGCCUCACAGUGAAAAUAGGAGACUUUGGUCUGGCAACUGUGAAAUCCAGGUGGAGUGGGUCCCAGCAGGUGGAGCAGCCCACGGGCUCCAUCCUGUGGAUGGCCCCCGAGGUGAUCCGGAUGCAGGACAGCAACCCCUUCAGCUUCCAGUCAGAUGUCUACUCCUACGGCAUAGUGCUCUAUGAGCUGAUGACAGGGGAGCUGCCCUACUCCCACAUCAACAACAGAGAUCAGAUCAUUUUCAUGGUUGGCAGGGGCUAUGCUUCCCCAGACCUCAGCAAGCUGUACAAGAACUGCCCCAAGGCCAUGAAGAGGCUGGUAGCAGACUGCCUGAAGAAAGUCAGGGAGGAGCGGCCUCUGUUCCCACAGAUCCUGUCCUCCAUCGAGCUGCUGCAGCACUCUCUGCCCAAGAUCAACCGCAGCGCCUCGGAGCCGUCCCUGCACCGCGCCGCCCACACCGAGGACAUCAACUCGUGCACGCUGACCUCCAGCAGGCUGCCCGUGUUCUGAGAGCUCUGCCCUGCCCCCAGCAGGCUGCUCGGAGUGCUCUGCCCGUGUUCUGAGUGCUCUGCCCCCGUUCUGAGCUCUCCUGCCCUGCUCCAGGCUGGGGCUGCAGGGGCAACUCGAGCUGUCCAGGCUCCUCCAGCAGGACUCCGUGUCCCACCCCACAAGAAGCUGCUCUGGAUUCGUGCAGUUCUCAGCCUGCAGGGACACAGCUCCUCAUUGCCUUUGCUACCAUCUCUUGUCCUGGGAGAGGUGACAGACUACAAAUCAAGAGAUCUAUUACUAUUUUUUUAAUAGAUGCACUUGAGCCUUAUUUUGCCCUUCCCAGAAGCGAUGGCUGUUUGUCUGGCAGUGGCUCUGGCUGGCUUUGCUCUGGGCUCAGUGAGGGGGCUCUGAGGACAGGUGAUGAUGUUCUGGUGCUCUGACUGCCCCGUGCCAAGUGUCACCUCACCCUGGGGAGUUGUGCCUGGAGUGGGAAGAGGAAAUAACUCUGGAAAUCAGCUCCUGCCUAAGAGCUUCAUCAAGCCAAUGAAAUACGUUCAAAUGCUAAUUCAACACAAAAUAGUUUUGCAAUAGUUUUGCACAUAGAAGAAAAACUCUUGCAAAAGGAUGGAAUCUGUUGUGAAUUGUCCUGCUCAGAGAGGAGGAGAUGAGCCAGUCCUGCUUUGGUCACCUUGAGAAGCCUCCCAGCUGCCUUUGGUACUAUGGACCUGCUGUUGGUGCAGCCCAGGCAGGGUGGGCGAGGAGGGCUGGGCUGGGAGAGCCUGGGGGUGUCCCCUCUCCUACUGGGGGUGUCCCCUCUCCUGCAGAGGCUGAGAUGUCCCCUCUCCUGCAGAGGGUGUCCCCCUUCCUGCAGAGAUUGAGGCUGUCCCCCCUCCUGCAGAGGCUGCAUCCAGCAGGAGCUGUUGUCCAAGAGAUGCACUAGCAAGAGGAAACUGAGCAUAUACAGUUUUUCUUGUUGAUUUGGGUUUUAAUUUUUUUUUUUGUUUUUAUUGCUCCUGAGAAAAUGCAUUUAUUGUAAGCCAAGGUUCCUCUUGAUUAUCUUAUUUUAAUAAAAUAAAUUAAAUUUUAGGUUUAAGAUUCAAUGUCAUCAUUUUAAUGGAGUCAGCCACAGUUCUUACUGGGACAUCUGCAUUUGGAAAAACUCAAGAAAUGACAUUUCUGAAUAGGCUUUUAAAAAGUAAUGGAUAAAUAACAGCAGUGCAAGUAAAAACACACUUGAUAAAACAACCUGUACAUUUCCAGUCAUGACAAGACAGUCUGUGUGCUGUAGUGACCUCUGAGCAGCAGCUUUGGACACCCUGAUGAGCUCCCAGGCUCCUCUGGCUCCAUUUUCUCUUCUUCACUGAGGGGCAGGGGAGGGUUUUGUGUUGGCUGAACUCCAGGAGGGCACAGCAGGUGGGUGAAUCUAAACAUGGAUUUUUCCAAAGAGCAGGUGGUGAAAUGGGAAAUGUGGUCACCAGGGCACAGCUGGAACCUGUUUGGGGUUUUGCCUCGCUGGGGGUCAGGGCUGGCUGUGCCCCCUGCACCCCAAAGCUCUGGGCAGAGCUGCUGCUGUGCUGGGAGCUGGGACAGGCCCUGCAGUGGCCACACAGCCCCUGCAGCAGCAGCACCCACAGAGCUCCUGGGACAGGGAGAACCAGGGCCAGAAAUCCCCUCCAGUCUGGCCUCAGAACCUUCUGGAACAGGGCAAGGGCAGGAUGGGAAUCCCUGGGUGGUAACUGAGAAUUCUGUGACCUUUGCUUCCUCAACAGUAAAUUGGGACUUGAAGUCUCCAUUUCUUUCUGCAUGGUUUUUAUCAAUAUUAUUGUAUUUGGACU